GAAAAUAUGGAAAAAACAUUGUGUCAACACAAACUGUUCAACAGUUUAACAACAGGUUGUCCAAGUUUCACUUUAAAACAAAUCUGAUCUCCCACUGGAGUGGGCAAAUAAAGAGCAUGAGUGACUUUGUCUCUCCUCUUCUCAGCAAACUCUAAUCCACAAAUCCUUAUCGGGGGCACUAAGACUCUAUGACACAGUUAGUUAGUCUCAAUGCUUAUGGAUAACACUUGUCUUGCUAUAUUUUGAUAUUAUUUUAAUUCGCAUCAAAUGAUCCAUCAAAUAAAUCUGCUUCUGCUGUGAGAGGCCAGCUUCCAGAUCUUAAAAAAAGGAUAAAAGGAAAAUGGACUUUACAUUACAUUAACAAGUGGAAAAGGGUAAACUGCAGAUCUGCAGCUAUGACCACUUCAACCACCCUCCCCCCCCUCACUGUGCCACCUCACACUGUACCACAGCUCUCCACAGACAGUGAUGAGUCCAGCGAGGAUGACCUAAGUGCGCCUGAAUCAAAUCGUCAUCGCCUGCUCAAUAUGAAUAACAGCAAUAACAAUGAAGAGGAGAAAAAGAAAAAAAGGAAAAAGGAGAAGAAGGAGAAUAAAGAAAACAAGAAGAAGGAGAAGAAGGAAAAGGAAGACAAGGAGGCAAAAGAAAAAGAAGAGAAGGAAAAGGAGAAGGAAAAAGAAAAGGAAAAGGACAAAGAUAAGCCUAAAGAAAUAUUUGUCAUUAAUCCUGCUGGGAAUUUGUAUUACAACUGGCUGUUCAUCAUCACACUACCGGUCAUGUACAACUGGACUAUGAUCAUAGCCAGGGCUUGCUUUGAGGAGCUGCAGCAUGAAUACAUCAUGUACUGGGUUAUUCUGGACUACACUUCAGACUUCAUCUACCUGGCUGAUAUGUUCAUCAGGACCCGAACAGGUUACCUGGAGCAAGGCCUGAUGAUAAAAGAUAAGAAGCUGCUAGUUGAUCGCUACAUCGCCACCUUCCAGUUUCGUCUCGAUUUUAUCUCCAUGCUGCCCACUGACUUCCUCUAUUUCUUCCUCGGCCUCGACUACCCAGAGAUUCGCAUCAACAAGCUGCUGAGAAUUGGCCGCAUGAUGGAGUUCUUCACGAGGACAGAGACUAAAACCAACUACCCCAACAUCUUCCGCAUCGGUAACUUGAUCAUGUACAUCCUCAUUAUCAUCCACUGGAACGCUUGCUUCUACUUCUCCUUCUCCAAAUACAUUGGUUUUGGUGCUGACGACUGGGUUUACCCGGCUCUGGAUGAUCCUGACGAGCCUGCGUUUGGGGAGUUUGGCAGGAAGUAUUCAUUCAGCCUCUACUGGUCCACACUGACCCUGACUACCAUCGGAGAAACUCCACCACCGGCCCUGGACUCAGAAUUUUUCUUCCACGUGAUUGACUUUUUAGUGGGGGUCUUGAUCUUUGCCACCAUUGUAGGAAACAUUGCCACCAUGAUCUCCAAUAUGAAUGCUGCCCAAGCUCAGUUUCAGUCCCGGAUUGACAACAUCAAGCAGUACAUGCAGGUCCGAAAGGUCAGCAAGGACCUUGAGUUGCGAGUCAUCAAGUGGUUUGAGUAUCUGUGGAAUAGUGGCAGGGCUCAGGAUGAAAGAGAGGUGAUGAGGUAUCUUCCAGACAAGCUAAAGGCUGAGAUCGGCAUCCAGGUCCACAUGGAGACACUCAAGAAAGUUCGUAUUUUUGCAGACUGCGAGGCAGGCCUGCUGAUCGAGCUGGUGCUCAAGCUGAAGGCGCAGGUUUUCAGUCCAGGAGACUAUAUCUGCAAAAAGGGCGAUAUUGGCCGUGAGAUGUACAUCAUCAAAGAUGGAAAACUUGCAGUUGUUGCUGAUGAUGGUGUCACACAGUUUGUUGUGUUGGGAAGCGGCAGCUACUUUGGUGAGAUCAGUAUUCUUAAUAUUAAAGGUAGCAAAGCAGGCAAUCGGCGAACAGCCAACAUCCGUAGCAUUGGAUACUCAGACCUCUUCUGCCUGUCCAAGGAUGACCUGAUGGAGUCACUGGUAGAGUAUCCGGAUGCCAAAGGCAUGCUGGAGGAUAAAGGGCGGGAGAUCCUGAUGAAAGAUGGUUUGAUAGAUUUGGACCCAGCUAACAUCAUACCCGAGACCAAGGAGUUGGAGGAGAAGGUUAACAAAUUGUACAACACGUUGGAGCUAAUGCAAUUCAAGUUGAAGAAGGUUCUGGGAAAUUACCAGAACACUGACAAGGCUCUGAGACAUCGCAUUGCAGAUCUGGAACACCUAACAGGAGAAGAGGUGGAAGACGAGGAUGAGGACGAAGAAGAGGGGAAAAAGGAAGACAAAACGGUGGAAGGGGAGAAAAAAGAAGAGGAAAAAGGCAAGGAGAUAAAGGACAUCGAAGAAGAAGGUGAAGGGGAAGAGAAAGAAGAGGAAAAAGACGAAGCAAAAGAUGAAGAAGAAAAGGUUAAAGAGGCAAAAGAAGAGGAGGAAAAAUAAACCCAUAGUUUCUGUAAACACUAAGCACUUUUCUAAUUAACCACAGUAUAAUCUUUAUCACAAAUUUAUCUUUAUUCACUUUCUUACUGGACGUACUACUUAAAUGAGUCAGAUAAUUAAAAACUGCAAAAGACAAAAAAAUAACUGGAGCUGAAAUACUAAAAUGGAACUUCUUAAAAACAAGUAUUCUCAUUGUAUACAGUUAACAAAAGGGGGGGGGGGACUUGGACAUGUUGUUGAAAAGACUGUCACAAUAAUCUAACCCAGUGGUUUCCAACCUUUAAAAUAAAUUAAUGUCUGCUUGUGAUCCAUCUUUACAGGUUGGACAUAAAUUGUGAGCAAUUCAACC